AUGACUUUUGUUUUCAGCGCUUUACUAGGCGCAUUCCUCGGCUGUAUUUGGCUGGCCACAUCGGGUACCCUAACCUGUCGCUGUCGACCGGGGGAACCAUGCUGGCCUUCAGCAUCGGAGUGGGCGGCUCUCAACACCACCCUCAGAGGAAAUCUGCUCGAGGUCCGACCCGUCGCUCACGUUUGCCAUGACCCAUUCUAUGAUCACUUUGCUUGCCAGAAGUUGCCUGGCCUUGUAAGGGACAGUGGUUGGAGAGCCUCACAGCCCGGAGCCUUACAGGGCUGGAUCUGGGAGGCUGGUUGGACAGAUGGCGAGAUGUGCCAUGCGCAUUCUCCACGUGGUGCGCCCUGUCACCAAGGCCGGAUUCCGUUGUAUUCGGCGGCUGUUGAGUCUGUUGACCAAGUUCAGGCGGCGGUAAGGUUUGCGCAACGCCAUCGACUACGCUUGGUUGUCCGUAAUACCGGCCAUGAUACCGCAGGACGGUCGAGUGGCUCCGACUCAUUCCAGAUACACAGCCACCGCAUGAAGCAUAUGGAAUACCACGACAACUUCCGGGCCGUCGACUCCGAUAUAGACCAGGGCCCAGCCGUGAGUGUGGGUGCUGGAGUCAUCCUGGGAGAGGUGUAUGCGAGAGGUGCCCGUGAUGGAUGGGUGGUUGUCGGGGGCGAGUGUCCCACCGUGGGUGCGGCGGGCGGUUUUCUCCAGGGAGGCGGAGUGUCCAGUUUCCUCAGCUUCGUCGAUGGUCUCGCGGUUGACAAUGUCCUUGAAUUUGAGGUCGUGACGGCCAAGGGGGAGGUUGUCGUGGCCAAUAACCACCGCAACCCCGACCUCUUUUGGGCAUUAAGGGGAGGAGGUGGAAGCACAUUCGGCCUCGUCACACGUGCUACAAUGAGGGUGCGACGCAAUGUCCCGGUGUGCGUUUCAGAGAUGGUAGUAUCAGGCAACCGGACCAACCCAUUACUCUGGACAAGAGGAGUCGCAGGUCUUUUCUCCAUUCUCCGAUCGUUCAACAAGCAGGGUAUACCGGGCCAGUUUAUUCUUCAACCGCUAUCUGAACACCAGGUCAAUGCAAAUCUCACUCUCUACUCCAUCAACACAAACGACACCAAGCGGGGGGCUGAGAACAUACAAUCCAUUGAAAAGGUCCUAGAAUCCACCAACCUUCCCUUCAGCCUGUCCUCCAGGUGCCUACCAAAGAUCAGCGAUGUUCUCCGAACAGGACCUGACAUUCUCCCCACAAACUACGGAAUUCUCACUGGUUCUGUUCUGGUGUCGGAGGACCUCUUCAACUCCGAGCAUGGACCGCUCUAUCUGGCGAACCAACUAAAGCAAUUCCCGAUGAACCCCGGGGAUCUCCUGUUUACCAGCAACCUCGGCGGAAACGUCACAGUGGACACUAAAAAGAAGCACACGGGCACCGCGAUGCAUCCGGCCUGGCGAGAAGCGGCCCACUUGAUCAACUUCGUGCGCAGCGUGAGCACACCUACCGCGCACGAGAAAGCCAGGGCCUUGGAGGAGCUCCACAGUAUCCAGAUGCGGAAACUCUACGACAUGGAACCCCGCUUCAAAGUGUCGUACAGGAAUCUAGGUGAUCCGCUAGAAAGUGAUGCCCCGCAGGUCUACUGGGGCCCCAAUUACAAGCGGCUGCUGGAAAUCAAGCGAAAGUGGGACCGUGAGAGCCUGUUUUUCUCUCAGCUGGGAGUGGGAAGCGAGGGGUGGUCCGCAGAUGAAAUGUGCAGGAGACACAGAAGACUGUACCACCUAACAUCUAGCGUUGCUCAGUGGUUGUAUCUGUAA